CUCCUUCUCAUGAGAUUCAUUCCGGGCUCAACAUCUCAAGUCUCUUCUCUGCUCGCCAUCGAUUGAGAAAGAGAAAGAGAAAGAGAAAGAGAGAGAGAGAGAGAGAGAGAGAGAGAGAGAGGGAGAGCAAUCUCAUCGUCAAUGGCAUCGCAGCAAGAGCGCGAGGGUUUGGUCUACAUCGCCAAGCUUGCCGAGCAAGCCGAACGCUAUGAAGCGAUGGUGGAGUCGAUGAAGAAGGUGGCGAAGUUGGGUGUGGAUCUUACUGUGGAGGAGCGGAAUCUCCUUUCCGUGGGGUACAAGAACGUGAUCGGAGCCCGUCGGGCGUCGUGGCGAAUCCUUUCGUCGAUCGAGCAGAAGGAAGAUGCCAAGGGGAACGAUAACCAUGUCCGACUGAUCCGGGAGUAUCGCCAGAAGGUGGAGUCUGAGCUCGCGAACAUCUGCAGCGAUAUCAUGACUGUGAUUGAUGAGCAUCUCAUCCCUUCUUCAUCUGCUGGAGAAUCGUCUGUCUUCUUCUACAAGAUGAAGGGGGAUUAUUAUCGAUAUUUGGCGGAGUUCAAGUCUGGAACGGAAAGGAAGGAGGUUGCUGAUCUUUCUCUUAAGGCCUAUCAGGCAGCUUUCAGUACAGCUGAGUCAGAUCUGCCUCCUACUCACCCAAUUCGGUUGGGAUUGGCAUUAAAUUUCUCAGUAUUCUAUUAUGAGAUCAUGAACUCACCUGAAAGGGCUUGCCACCUUGCCAAACAAGCUUUUGAUGAAGCUAUUUCAGAACUUGAUACACUCAAUGAGGAAUCUUACAAAGAUAGUACUUUGAUCAUGCAACUUUUGAGGGAUAACCUCACUUUAUGGACUUCUGAUAUCCCUGAGGAUGGAGAAGAUGUUGUGAAGGAGAGUACUGCAAAGGUUGGUGCAGUGGAAGAUGUUGAGAUGCAGUGAAGGAAGCCACUGAGGACCCCGGACUAGAUGUGAAGAAGGCAGCUAUUUCUGUGAAGGCAAAUGGUUUGGUUUCUCUUGCGUGUUAGAUUUUCAUGUGAUUGUUGAUUGUAAUGAUUGUUGUACCAACACAUCCUUCUAGGAUUUGUUUUGGCUAUCAAUGGAUUGUUUCUGCAACCUGUUACAGAACUGGUAUCAAUUGAGAGAUCGGUGUGACGUAUAUAUAUAUACAUGAUGUGGCUGCUUUUGAAUGUUAUAUUAUUUAGGGAAGAGAACUUUAAUGCUUU